ACUGAGUUUUGAACUGUGAAAAGUGAUCUUAAGAGAUCUUAAUUUAGCAAUCUCUUCCUGCAAUAAGAUUUCAAGACCUCGUGGAGGCAGAAAGACUAACUAAUGGACCCUAAUGAUGCAAGGGUGUUGGCUGGAAGCUAAAUCACUCCUGUUACAGAAACCUUGUGGCAUGGAUAUUGAGGGAGAAGAGAUCCUGAUUUUUUUUCCCUGUGUCUUUGUGUUGAAAGAGUUGAUGUGAGAUAGGAAGUGCUUUUCACAACGGAAAAGGUGGCAUUCGAGCCUGAGAUGUAAUGAAAAAUCUGGUGAACCAGACUUUUAGUUUAGGUAAUCUAGGAUGAGCCACGUGCAGCUCCUAUAAUAACUGAAGCAGUUAUACCAAAAUAGAAGUAUAGCUACUCAGCACAACUGACUUUGUUGACUUCAUGUACUCUGUGAGUAUAAAUAUACUUUUACAGUACACGUAGUAAUGACAGGUGGGUUAACUCUUUCAAAAAAUUGUGGAAAGUAGUUUUGCAUUUUAGCCACACUCCAGAAUCCUCUUGUCAGUUUUUGGAUUUCAAGAAUUGCAAAAUGUUUUUCCCUUUUCCUCUUACUAUAUGAAAUACUCAGACAAACAACAGAAUGACUAACACCCUUUGCUAUGGAAAGAAUGAAAUUGAGUAUUCAGAGAGUUGCCAAAUGCAGAAUAAACAAACUGAUAUAACAAUUUCCCUCUCUCUAUCUAUUAUGGUGAUCUCAGUUUGAGUUUCAACAUCAGUAGAGAAAUCCUCAGACAGAACAGAUUUCCAAACAGAUAACAUCUCUUUAAAUGUCAUAUUAGAAGAAGAAACUUACUCUGCUGCAAAGUCAAAGCCACCGAUACCACAACAUUACCCUCCCUCGGAAACAGUACCAUCUCCUUCUCAAAGUAAUUGUUUCUUCCAUAACAGCUUCAGCCACGGAAGCCUGUGACUGCAAUUUGUGAUUCUAAGUGAGUUCUCGGAAUAUAUCCCAGAACUCAGGGUGAUUGGCAGCUCUGUAAAAAGUGAGAGCUAGCCCAACUAUCCAUCAAACAAAUGAGUGAUAUAAGCUGCUUAGCAAAUCCGUGAAGAGGAAUGCCAAUUUACUUGUUAUGUUUGAACACAAUGUACAAGUCCCAACAACGAAGAGCAGUCCCACAGAAGCACAGAGAGUUCGGUAGUUUUAAGGAGGCUGGAAUUUGAUGUAACGACACAAACUGGAACCACAAUUUAAACGCAGAAAGUUCCGAGAGGUGCUGCACCAGCGUGUCACACCCUGAGGAGCCUGGUCACCAGGAGUUAAGGAACCUCAUACGCAUACAGCCGGCGAGGGGGGGUGCAGCCGCCUCGGCGUCGCUUGGAGCCGGUGCCGAGCCGCCCGGUCCCGCUGGCAGUUAGACUCCCGAAUGCUACUCUGUUGAAGCAUGUGUCAAAACAAACACCCCUGAUGUAAUGGAGACUUGGAAACGCUGCAUUUGUGUACUUCGAAAGUGCUACAUCCCGUACAUACACUGCAGCUCUUGCUCCUGUUACUGCUUGCAGCAGAGGGAAGUAGUGAAGUCUGCCCAGCUUCCAGAGCAGUCUAAAUGUGACGGUGUCAACUGUAACUGCUGAGGUGUUGUGGACAUAAUUCUCAGCAGGAACAGAGGCUUGGGAAAAUGACUUCUUGAAAUGUUAGUAAUAAGAAUCUGCUAUUAAAUCUGAGACUGAACAGAAGUGGAAUCUGUGAAGCAGGGAAAAAACUGGUACAUCUUUGAAGAGAGAUUUCCUGUGCUCUUCCUCAGAUGUCUGUGAUAUUUCCAAGAGGAACUGUCUUUCUGCUUAAAAGAAGCGUAAACGAUUGGAUUACCACUCUGAUGUUUUGGAGCACAAGGGAUGUUGAAACAAUUCGAAUGUAUUGGAGCAUGGCUAUUUCUUAAGAUGCAAAAGUUAAAGGAAGUCACUGCUUUUCGAAACCUACUGAAUAUCUGCACUUUCUAGACACUUUGCAUUCAACUGUGUCCUUAAAUGUCCGUGGUUAAGAUCUCAUGCAACCAUUUUAUAUUUUGGAGACUAUUCUCCAAAAGAGAACUGUGCAUUUAAAAAGCAGAAAUGACUGUAUUUUCUUUUGGAACUUAUUAAAGUUGAACAUACUACAAGAUCAUGACCAGCUUGAAGCGGUCCCAGACCGAAAGGGCUGUUGCCACUGGAGUGUCAGUUGGAACAGAUGGCACCUCAAAAGUCCACUCGGAUGACUUUUACAUGAGGCGCUUUAGGUCACAGAAUGGCAGCUUAGGAUCUGCAGUCAUGGCUCCAGUUGGACCUCCUCGCAAUGAAAGUUCCCAUCAUAUUACCUCUACUCCUGGAGUCCCUAAAAUGGGGGUCAGGGCAAGGAUUGCCGAUUGGCCCCCAAGGAAGGAGAACAUCAAGGAAACAAGCAGAUCUAGUCAAGAUAUUGAAACAGCAAGUUGUCUUGACAGCAUGUCUUCUAAAAGCAGUCCUGGGAGUCAGGGAAGCUCUGUUAACCUGAAUGCUAGUGAUUCUGUCAUGUUAAAGAGCAUCCAGAACACGCUUAAAAGCAAGACCAGACAAUCUGAGAAUCUAGACUCCAGGUUUCUUACACCUGAUGGCUAUCCCAGUUCGCCAAGGAAAGCUCUUCGCAGAAUAAGACAGCGCAGCAACAGUGACAUUACCAUAAGUGAGCUUGAUGUAGAUAGUUUUGAUGAAUGUAUUUCACCCACUUUUAAAUCCGGACCAUCUCUGCACAGGGAGUAUGGCAGCACAUCUUCAAUAGAUAAGCAGGGAACUUCAGGGGAAAGUUUUUUUGACUUACUAAAGGGCUAUAAAGAUGAAAAGUCUGAUCAGAGAAGCCCAGGCACAACUAAGCUCAGUGAACUCCUGAUUGCCAGUGGAAGCAAGGGUUCAGGUUUCUCUCUAGACGUGAUAGAUGGUCCUAUUACUCAAAGGGAGAACCUGAGACUCUUUAAGGAAAGAGAGAAACCACUCAAGAGACGCUCAAAAUCAGAGACAGGAGAUUCAUCCAUUUUUCGUAAGCUGCGUAAUGCCAAAGGUGAAGGGGAGCUUGGGAAAUCUUCAGAUCUUGAAGAUAACAGGUCGGAAGAUAGUGUCAAGCCUUGGACUUGUCCAAAGUGCUUUGCUCAUUAUGAUGUACAGAGUAUUUUAUUUGAUUUAAAUGAAGCAGCAAUCAACAGGCAUAAUGUUAUUAAAAGAAGGAACACAACAACAGGAGCAUCUGCUGCUGCUGUAGCAUCACUUGUCUCUGGACCCUUGUCCCAUUCUGCGAGUUUCAAUUCUCCAAUGGGCAGCACUGAAGACCUGAAUUCAAAAGGAAGUCUCAAUAUGGACCAGGGGGAUGAUAAAAGCAAUGAACUUGUGAUGAGUUGUCCUUAUUUUCGUAAUGAGAUUGGUGGGGAAGGGGAAAGGAAGAUCAGCCUUUCCAAAUCUAAUUCAGGUUCCUUCAGUGGAUGUGAAAGUGCCUCGUUUGAGUCAACUCUGAGUUCUCAUUGCACGAAUGCUGGAAUAGCAGUUCUAGAAGUUCCCAAGGAGAAUCUGAUUUUACAUCUAGACAGAGUGAAAAGAUACAUUGUUGAACACGUAGACCUUGGUGCAUAUUAUUAUCGAAAAUUCUUCUAUCAGAAAGAACACUGGAACUAUUUUGGAGCAGAUGAGAACCUCGGUCCAGUAGCUGUGAGCAUAAGAAGAGAAAAACCAGAGGAAAUAAAAGAAAAUGGGCCACAGUACAACUACCGGAUCAUAUUCAGAACCAGUGAGCUUAUGACAUUAAGAGGCUCUGUGCUGGAAGAUGCUAUCCCUUCAACUGCAAAGCAUUGCACAGCCAGAGGACUUCCCCUUAAAGAAGUGCUUGAGUAUGUGGUUCCUGAGCUGAAUAUCCAUUGCCUAAGGCUGGCCUUCAACACUCCCAAAGUCACAGAACAGCUUAUGAAGCUGGAUGAACAAGGGUUAAGUUACCAACUUAAGGUGGGUAUCAUGUACUGCAAAGCUGGGCAAAGCACAGAAGAGGAGAUGUAUAACAAUGAAUCAGCAGGACCAGCCUUUGAAGAGUUUCUUCAGCUCUUGGGAGAACGAGUUCGGCUCAAGGGAUUUGAAAAGUAUCGUGCUCAGCUGGAUACAAAGACUGAUUCAACAGGUACUCACUCACUGUAUACAACCUACAAGGACUAUGAAAUCAUGUUCCAUGUAUCUACUAUGUUGCCAUACACUCCAAACAACAAACAACAGCUUCUGAGAAAACGACACAUUGGAAACGAUAUUGUGACAAUAGUUUUCCAGGAACCUGGAGCACAGCCCUUCAGCCCAAAGAACAUUCGAUCCCACUUCCAGCACGUCUUUGUCAUUGUGAGAGUACACGGUCCCUGUACCGACAGCGUUUGUUACAGUGUUGCUGUGACAAGAUCCAGAGAUGUACCAUCCUUUGGACCACCUAUUCCAAAAGGUGUCACGUUUCCUAAAUCAAAUGUGUUCAGGGACUUCUUACUAGCCAAAGUCAUUAAUGCAGAGAAUGCUGCUCACAAAUCAGAAAAGUUUCGUGCUAUGGCCACCAGGACCCGUCAAGAAUACUUGAAAGACUUGGCAGAGAAGAAUGUCACCAAUACACCUAUUGACCCUUCUGGCAAGUUUCCCUUCAUCUCGCUCGCUUCAAAAAAGAAAGAGAAGUCCAAGCCUUAUCCAGGAGCAGAGAUCUAUAGUUCUGGUGCUAUUGUUUGGAGUGUCCAUGCAAAAGAUUACAGCAAGGGUAUGGAAAUAGACUGUCUCCUAGGCAUCUCUAAUGAGUUUGUAGUCCUCAUUGAACAGGACACAAAAAGCGUGGUGUUUAAUUGCUCCUGUCGGGAUGUGAUAGGGUGGACUUCAACGGACACAAAUAUCAAAAUAUUCUAUGAGAGAGGUGAAUGUGUUUCUUUGGAGAGCUUCAUCAGCAACAUUGAUGACAUCAAAGAGAUCGUCAAAAGGCUGGAGCUUGUGACUAAGGGCUGUGAAACAGUGGAGAUGACUCUGCGUAGGAAUGGACUGGGCCAGCUUGGUUUCCAUGUAAACUAUGAAGGCAUUGUGGCAGAUGUCGAGCCCUAUGGCUACGCAUGGCAGGCAGGACUGCGACAGGGGAGCCGGCUGGUGGAAAUCUGUAAGGUGGCUGUAGCCACCCUGAGCCACGAGCAAAUGAUUGAUCUUCUGAGAACAUCUGUAACAGUGAAGGUCGUCAUCGUCCCUCCAUAUGAGGACUGCACACCACGCAGGAGUUCUUCAGAAAACUACCGUAUGCCAGUGAUGGAGUACAAAGUGAAUGAAGGAAUGUCAUAUGAAUUCAAAUUUCCUUUCAGAAAUAAUAACAAAUGGCAGCGAAAUGCAAACAAAGGACAGGGACCUCAUGUGGCUCAGGUACCAUCCCAAAUUCAAAGUCCAGUAACAUCUAGGAUUGGCUCGGGGAAAGGAGAAGGGAAAAUGCCACCCCCAGAACGAGCAGCCAACAUCCCCCGAAGCAUCUCCAGUGAUGGGCGCCCACUGGAGAGCCGGAGGUUGUCUCCUGGUUCUGAUGUCUACGUCACAGUUUCAUCCAUUGCCUUAGCAAGGUCGCAGCAGUGUCGCAAUUCUCCAAGCAACUUAUCAACCUCAAGUGAGACUGGCUCUGGUGGGGGCACAUACAGACAAAAAUCUAUGCCAGAAGGGUUUGGAAUUAGCCGUAGAUCCCCUGCUUCCAUUGACAGGCAGAACACGCAAUCAGAUACGGGUGGUAGCGGCAAAUCCACACCCAGCUGGCAAAGAAGUGAGGAUAGUAUCGCUGACCAGAUGGAACCAACAUGUCAUCUCCCAGCAGUAUCAAAAGUACUGCCAUCCUUCAGAGAAAGCCCCAGUGGAAGACUGAUGAGACAGGAUCCUGUGGUUCACUUGUCUCCAAAUAAGCAGGGUCAUUCUGACAGCCACUACUCCAGCCAUUCCAGCAGCAAUACUCUCUCCAGCAAUGCCUCCAGUGCUCACAGUGAUGAGAAAUGGUAUGACAGUGGAGAGCGCACUGAAUCAGAGCUGAACAGCUACAACUACCUUCAAGGGACUUCUGCUGAUAGUGGCAUAGAUACCACUUCCUAUGGACCUAGCCAUGGCAGCACUGCCUCUCUGGGAGCAGCAACAUCUCCCCGGACAGGGCUAACAAAGGAGAAAGUGACACCACUGUGGCACAGUUCCAGUGAAGUGGUCUCCAUUGCAGACAGGACAUUAGAAAAAGAGAGCCACAUAGACCGAAAGGCCGAGUCUUCGCUGAGUCUGGAUAUUCACAGCAAGAGUCAACCAGCCUCCAAUCCUCUAACAAGGGAGAACAGUGCUUAUAGUCUUAGUGAUGCCGUCUCGCAUACAAGUACCAUGAGUUCACGACACUCUGCCAGCCCGGUUGUUUUCACCAGUGCCAGAAGCUCACCUAAAGAAGAGCUUCAUUCUGCUACUUCUCCCCAGCUCGCACCUUCUUUCUCCUCCUCCUCUUCCUCCUCAUCUGGUCCUAGGACUUUCUACCCUCGCCAGGGUGCUACUAGCAAGUAUCUGAUCGGAUGGAAAAAGCCAGAAGGGACAAUAAACUCAGUGGGGUUUAUGGAUACAAGAAAACGUCACCAGAGUGAUGGCAAUGAAAUGGCCCACCCUCGGCUGCGUGCAUCAGCAAGAGAUCUACGAGCAUCACCAAAACGAGCAUCCAAGUCCACCGUUGAAGAAGACCUGAAGAAAUUGAUAGAUCUUGAUAGUCCAACACCUGAAUCCCAGAAGAACUUUAAGUCACACACUCUGUCCUGUCAGUCUCCCUUUCCCAGCACUCCUACUACAAGGCGUGCCUUGCAAAGGACUUUGUCAGAUGAGAGUAUUUACAGUGGGCAAAGGGACCACUUCUUCGCCUCGCGGGCCUCACUCUUGGACCAAGCCAUGCCAAACGAUGUCCUGUUCACCAGCACAUACCCUUCUCUCCCAAAGUCACUGCCACUACGGAGACCAUCGUAUACUUUGGGAAUGAAAUCACUACAUGGAGAGUUUUCUGCCUCAGACAGCUCCCUCACAGAUAUCCAGGAGCAAAGACGGCAGCCCAUGCCAGACCCUGGUCUUAUGCCAUUGCCUGAUUCUGCCUCUGAUCUGGACUGGUCAAACCUGGUAGAUGCUGCCAAAGCCUUUGAAGUUCAGCGAGCUUCAUUCUUUGCUGCUGCUGAUGAAAACCACAGGCCUGUGAGUGCUGCCUCCAGUAGUGAUCAGGCUGAGGACCAGCUUUCUGCACAGAUAAAGCCUUAUACAGGUAAAGAAUCUCCUCCAACUCUUGCCUCUAAAGUGGACCAGCUGGAAGGUUUGCUGAAGAUGCUGCAAGAGGAUUUACGGAAGGAAAAAGAGGACAAAGCCAGUCUUCAGGCUGAAGUGCAGCAUUUGCGGGAAGACAACUUGAGGUUACAGGAGGAAUCCCAGAAUGCAACUGAGAAGCUGAAGAAGUUCACUGAGUGGGUUUUCAACACAAUUGAUAUGAACUGAAAACAGCGUAUGGGGAAGGAAACUAUCUGUUAUGAAUAUUAUUCCUGGGACUUAAGCUUUAAUGCCACCUUAAUCAUGACAUGUGAAAGUAUAGUCAGAGCACUUCCCUGUCCUUCAUCCUCCAAUAACCCUUUUUUGCAUCUCUGCGCGCACUCAGAAUAAUUGCAGAUCAACAAUCAAUGUCUGCCUUUUGUAGAAAAACAAAGUAAAUAAUUUUAAAAAGGUAAAAUAAAAGUUUAACUGCUAAAAUGUGAAUGUCUAUUUUUUGCACAUUGUUUCUUUAUCUGUUAUGUACAAAAUGAUUUGGAGGCUGGAUCAGGCUUGCUGCUCCAUCUGCCUCUGUUUCCAUUAACUCCUUUCUCUCUGUUUCAGGUAAUCUGCUUUUCCUUGCAGCUUUGGCAAAUAUUAUGACAUCUAGAAAAUUAGAAAGAAAUGGUUAUUUUACUGCUUUUCUUACAUUGUUUUCUGAAGUAUGCCACAGACACGGGGAUGUAAUGCAAUGUUUUAGGUGUCUCCUUAGCAAUUUGCGCUUGAUUGCUAGUGCUACCUUCCCAUACGUUACAGAGAACGUGUCCCCAUAGUGUAUGGUACAGUACAACCAGCAUCACAGCAUUUGGAGAGAGGCUAGAGACUUGAGCCAUGGGCGAGGCAUAUAUUAGCACACAUCUAUUGCAUUAGCGUUUCUGGUAGCUUUUGUUUCCUGUGGAAGCAAUGGCUGCAAGUAACUUGACGAAGGGCAAAACAAGGCAUGCCGCAGUUCGUACCGCAUCAGGCAGGCUGAGAGAUACUGAAUACUGUUGCUGUGCUGCUUCAGUAUAGUCCCCUUCCCUUCCAGGGGAACCUGUCACUUGCAUAUGUGCAGAAGACUUAGGCUGAAGUUGUAAAGAGAUUAAGUUGUUGGGUUUCUUUUUCCCCCUCUAAACUGUUUCCAUGAAAGUCCCCAUAAGCCAUUUCAGUGCACCUGCCCUUCUGUUCUGUUUCUCUGGACUUCUUAAAUCGCAACAGAUCAGAGAAAUGUUGGAGAACAUUUUUAAGUGUGUUCUCUUACAUGGGAGGUCUUUAAAAAUCCUUUGUAACCACAGGCAGAGGAAUAUGUAAAGGUGAAAUUAAAGAAGUGUAUUUUUUUCAAAGUACUGGGAUAGGAUUGGAGCUCUGAAGUCCCCAAUUCCCAGUGAAACUAUCUAGCAUGAUAUUUCCCAAACUGCCUCAUGUCAGGAAAGUUAAUUUCAUGUUCUCUGAAGGAACAGCUAACUUGCCACAACGUAUUACCUCUCCAGAAAAUACCUUUUCAGUGUAGGCACUGCAGUCUGCACAAACAUUGAGUAUGCAGUCACUACCUUAAUGAGUACUGCCUCACAUGAGGUGCGGUAUGCUUGGGGUUAGCUCCAGGAACACCCUUUCUUCCCUGCCCUUUACCGCAUUCUCAAAUAAACAGAAUAAGAUCAUCAGGCAUAGGCUUGUCACAAAAACUUCCACGCUCUUUUCAAAUCCCUUUUUCAUGCUCUUUAAUCUUGCUCCACACAAGUACACACUACACUUCAACCUCAAACUUCAUUUGUGAUGCUAAUCCCCAUGGAGUUCUUCUCUAAUGUUUUGUCAUGGAAAUGGAUCUCUUUGGAACUAUUUCUGGAGUGCUUUUGUAAAGGUUUAGAAUGUUUUGGGUUUUUUAAUGACUUGUAUGAAGGAGAUUUAUAUAAUGCCUGAUAUUAUUUGUAAAUGGGAAAUAUUGCUAACAUCUCUGAGCAUCCUGAAGUCUUGCUUUUAUUCUCUUUUAUUUUUAAGUUUGGUUUUUAUUUUAUUUCAAAAAAUAUUUUGGGACUUGGGGCAGACUAUUUAUUAGAGUUUUGCAACAGAGUUCUUCUUGUAUGAUGCCUCUGAAGGCUACUUGUAAAAUUCUGACAAUAAAACUCAUUUUAAAGGCUCUUCUAAACCA